UUUGCUCUGCUGGAUUAUCGCUCCCUGCAGGAUUUACUAGGUGUGGGCUGAGCGUUACAGGUGGACCGAGAAAGCGCCGACACGGAACCUGAAACAAUCUGAACCGAGUCAAUCUGUGAGGAGUUUCCAUGUAGAUCCCGACAGCUGGAGUGCUGGACCCUGAGAAUGAAGUCCUCCAGCAUCCCCCAGCACUAGCCGGCCAGCAUGGCUCCUGCUCCUCCUUCCAGAGAGGACACCAGCAGCUCGUUAGCUCUGCGCUGGAGGCUAACGCCGACAUAGAUACCCAUCAACUUCAAACUGAACCAAUUCAGGCUCGAGUCCUGGUUAAACAUCUAAAUAAGCUGCUGUCGGGAUCCAGACUCGGGGUUUUUCAACCAUGCGCUACCUGUGAUUUUUGGGCGUCAGCUGGACGGUGCGGCUCCUCUGCGCGUCGCCUGACCCCGGACCCCGAGCAAUGUCUCUACUCUUAACUCUAAGCAUCGUCUGUGGAUUGAUGCUCCAGCAUUAUUUCAGUCUGCUCAGCGCUCAGUACUGCGUCCCACGGAAGACCGUCAACUACCAGAGUCACCUGAAUUUGUUCAAAGAAGAUGGGAUCUUCAAUUACUCAACUAUGCUGAUCAGAGACGACCUGGGUGUGGUGCUGCUGGGGGCGAGAGAGGCCAUCUACGCUCUGGACAUCAACAACAUCUCAGACCAAAAGGCUGCGGUGUAUUGGCGAGUCACCGAGGAGAAGCAGAGGGAGUGCACAUACAAGGGAAAACACGCAGAGGUGGAAUGCCGCAACUACAUACGAACGCUGCACAGAGUGAACGACACCACACUCUACGUUUGUGGCACAAACGCCUUUUCUCCAGUGUGCGAUUACCUGACUUUUGCAAAUGGCCAGUUGACCCUGAAGGGAAAGCAGGAGGAGGGAAAAGGGAAGUGUCCUUUUGAUCCCUUUCAGAGAUACUCCUCCCUGAUGGUCGGAACUGAGCUGUACUCUGCUACAUCUAUCAACUUUCUGGGCUCUGAGCCUGUGAUUCUGCGCAGCUCAAAUUCGCCUCUUCGCACCGAGUUCAAGAGCUCCUGGCUCAGUGAGCCAAACUUUGUCUACAUGGACUUCUUGGAGGAGAGCUUCGACAGCCCCGACGGGGACGACGACAAGGUGUACUUGUUCUUCAGCGAGAACGCCAUGGAGUACGACUUCUACAGAAAAGUCACGGUGUCCAGAGUCGCCCGCGUCUGCAAGGGAGAUAUGGGCGGCCUGCGGACGCUGCAGAAGAAAUGGACCUCGUUCCUGAAAGCCCGUCUGGAUUGUUCCUUCCCUGAACCCAGCUUGCCCCCCGUUGUCCAGGACGUCUUCCUGCUAAGGCACAAGGACUGGAGGAAGAGCGUCUUCUACACCGUCUUCACACCUCAGUCGAGCUUGUCUCAGAUCUCUGCGGUGUGUGCCUUCACUGUUGCUUCGAUUCGAGAAAUUUUCAAUGAGGGAAAGUUUAAGACAACUGUUGCCGUGGAGACGUCCCAUGUGAAAUGGGUGAUGUACACGGGGGAGGUGCCGGAGCCCAGACCGGGAGCGUGCAUCAACAGUAUAGAUCGUAAAAAGGGGAUGAAUCGCUCCCUGGAUUUACCGGAUAAAACCCUCCAGUUCAUCAGAGACCGGCCCCUGAUGGACGAGGCUGUCCGUCCGCUGACUGGGGGGCCGCUGCUGCUCAAGAGGGGACCCUUACUGACCCGAAUCGUGGUGGACAGCGUGCUGGCUCUGGACGGGGACACUUACAACGUCAUGUUUAUCGGAACUGAAAACGGCUACAUUCAGAAGGCGGUCAACUUUGACGGAGAGAUGUUCAUCAUCGAGCAGAUUCAGGUGUACGAAAACCCCGAGGCCGUCAAGGUCUUACGCCUCUCAUCAAGCAAGGGUCAACUCUAUGCUGGUUCUGAAUCUGGUGUCAUCCAGAUGCCGGUCAGUAACUGCAGCCGGUACCAGUCUUGCCAGGACUGCAUCCUGUCCAGGGAUCCUUACUGUGCUUGGGACUCGUCCGCUGAGCGGUGCUCCUCCAUCUCCAGUCUGUCUGCGUCCCUCGAAGCUGCAGUCCAGAGUCUGAAGGAGGGGAACGUGUCACAGUGUCCUCCACCAGAUCCAGUGCCAGCUGUGGACGUUGCUCUAAUUCCAGGGAACAACAUCCAGCUGCCUUGCCAGCGUCACUCCAACCUGGCUGAGGUCCACUGGAGGUUCUCUGACCUACAGGUUUCAUCUACACACAAAUACUACAUCUACAGCGACGGCCUCCUCAUCCUGAACACGACCGCAUCGGACGCAGGCUCGUAUUUCUGUGACUCGGUAGAGCAGAUCAACAGCAGGAUGUACAACAGGACUGUGGCUGUUUAUCAUUUACAAAUCUCCUCUGAGCCAGUGAGCCCCACUCCCGGCACAGCAGCCACAAAAUACUUCAUUCAAACUCUGAAAACGGCUGCAACUGGGUCACAGCCGGACCUGCCAACGCCUGAGAAUCAAAGUGACUCUGGGAGAAUGAGUCGCCUGGAGGUGGCCGUGGCUCUGCUGUCGCUGCUCUGCCUCUCUCUCGUCGCCGUCAUAUUGUGGUUCUGGAAGCGAGGGCACUGGAAUUGCUUCGGGUUGGCGCAGAGCUCCAAGGGCGGCGAGGGGAAGCGGCCGUUGUCGGGCUACACGCACGAUCAGAACAGAAACUCUGAGAAUAAGCUCCUGGGGGCGGAGGUCAAACCGUGCACCGCCAACAAUAAUCACACCACUGUGGACUUCAAAAAGAACGGGGAGUACCACUUCCCACCUCUGGCCAACAUUUCAAAUCUGAACGGUUUGGGAUACAUCCAUGACGAGUCGGAGAUUUGACUCUGCUGAGGCUCAUGCUUCAGUCCUAGUUCUGCAUUGGUGCAAUAAUAAUGUACUUGCAAUAUGUUGUUUAGGUACGUCUCAAUAAAUUGAAAUUCAAACAAGAAGCUGAUUUAUUUCAGUAAUUCAGUUCAACGUCAUGUACUGUGUAGAUUCAUACUACAUAGAGUAGUGUUUGUUUUAGUCGGUUUUGAUAAUAUAAUAAAAAUAAAGUUUUUAUUAUCUAUUAUCCACCAUUGUCUAAUGGUGGGGGUACUGGGCCCUGUCUCCAGGGAUCAGCAUGAGAUCACUAGGCAAUGAUCUCAUGCCCAGUGAUCAUUGGGCAUGAGGCAGGAACUAUAAUAUAAUAUAAUAUAAUAUAAUUAAUAUAAUAUAAUGGCUUUGCUUCACAAUUGUCCCCAGGCUGUGACGAUCCCUGUUGCUUUUCCUACCACACUUUUUCCUUCCACUCAAUUUUCCAUUAAGAUGCUUGAAAACAGUCCUCUGAACACUGGCUUUAAUGGCUUACCUUCAAUCAGUGACUGACUCCUGAACAAAUGUCAAAUCAGCAGCAUUUCCAAUGAUUGUAGAGGCCAUAGCAUGAUCUUAAAAUCUUUUCAUUGGUUGUUACUAUUAUGAAUGUUUUAUUAUCUCUAAAUUACAAGAUUAGAUAAAUAUAUAUACAUAGUUUCCCUUUCUGAACCGAACUACUGAAAUAGAAUAACUUUCCAAAGAUCUUCCAGUUUAUUGAGAUACGCCUUUAGAUGGUAAAUGGGUUCCUGUUUCUUUCCUGGGUGAUUUCCAAUGUCUUUUCAGGCAGCUGAUAUUCACUAAAAAGACAUUUAACUUGAUAAAUACCCACUCCAGAAAUGGUUUUUACAGUCAUAUUUUUGUAUAAUCCCAAUCUGUGAAAUAUUUCUGUACAGUCGAGCUAUUUUUUUUUUUUGGACUAUUUAUUGGAGGAAAUUUCCAUUUUCUAAUUUUAUCCUCUCUAAUCUUUGAAAUGAACAUGUAGCAUCUUGGUGACCGACCUCCAAGCCCAAUUCAUUUCAUGGAUCCUGCUGUAUGGAAUCAACAGGGGUAAUUUUUUCAUUGCUCUUUGGUUGAGUUAAUCUACUCCACUUUUUCACCACUCAUUCAGUAAAAAAGCCACAUGUAAUGAACUACUUCUUAACAAAAAUCACCAUUUUGUUUUGGUAAUUAUUUGGUAAUUUGGGAAGGCAGUUCUUUAUUCCUUUCGGUGGGGUUCACACAGCUUUACUUCAAAUUGUACAUUUGUGUUACUCUGAAAAAGACAAAGCUGGUGCAGGAAUGUAGAGGUGUGGGUGUAAAUUUCUGGUGGCAUAUCAAUUGUGCGGUUCAGCAUAUGUAUAUAAAAAAAAAUAGAGGUAAUGGGGGGUUUGACCUGGAAACACUGCCUUGUAAAAAUGAAUAUGGUAAUAAAAAUGUUUUUGUGAUGA